AUGAAUCCCGCAAGAACAGCUCGUAAGGCGCUGCCCCGGCACGCCCCUUUACCCUCAGCGCGCCCGACGUCUGCCGCCCUCCACGCCGCCAAAUGGCAUUCGCGACCAUACAGCCAAGAAGCGAAGCAAGCAGCACCUACAAGCUCCCCGAACCCGAAGCAGCAGGGGGGGGAUAAAGGCGGCAUCAAGUUAAGCUUCCGUUCGGUACCUGCCAGCAGGAAGAACCCCACCGCCGAAAUCGCCGGCCAAGAACCUACUGUCGAGGACACGUUCAGGAAGCUCCUGCGACAGCCGAAGCCGAGCCCGGACUACCUAUACUCUCAGAAGGCACUCGACCGUAUCGGCAAGUGCCUCAUGUUCGGCUGCGACGCGGAACAGACGGCCGAGGCAGCGCGCCUCGUGCGCGUCAUCGCCGAGGAAUGGCCCCGUCUGCAGAUGAGCCGGUCCAACGCAGCCAUCGACCCGGAGGCAGUAUACCUCGACCGUAUAGACUUGCAAAAGAAGAAUUCAGACUGGGAACCAGAGUCGUCGACGUUUGGCGCAAUCCCUCGAUUAUUCCCCCUACCGCAGAUGGCAGAGAAAGCAGCGCUGCGAUUCCUAGACUACAUCGUCGCGACAGCGACCCCCAACGCCCAGGCGCAAUGGCAACAGCUCCAGAAGCAGCAGCGCAAAGCUUGGCGUCUAGAAAGCCACAACAUACGCCCUCCGCUCCCGCCGUUAGUUCUUCGCAGCGUCACCUACCCGACGCUGAUGCCCCAGAGAUGGGUGAGAUCCUCACAGAACGUCGCCGCAUACACCCGCGUCGAGAGCCUAGACGAGUUCAGCGACCGCGUGAGGUUCAUACUGCGCGUGGCAAUCUGGUCACGUAAAACCAACUCGUUGAUCGCGGAAGCCCAGCUCAAGAUGGUCUUCAGACCGGCUGGUGGGGCCGAUUCUACGCAGUGGUUCCGAAAGGAAUUGGUACGAAUGCUCAACUUCCAAUCUCCCGAGACGCUCCGCCGCUACCGCGAACUCAUGUCCGGCAUUGCGAACCUGGAAGCCAAGACUUGGAAUAGCAAAGAUGCCGUAGAAGACUUUGGCAGUGCCUCGCCGGCCAAAGCAACGUAA